AUGCGAGAACAUAAGUUGUUUGCGAACCUCAAGAAGUGUAUAUUUGCAGCGAACGAAAUACCACUUCUUGGCUGCAUCGUGGCUAAAGACGGCGUACGCCCUGAUCCGGAAACGAUCAAGGCGAUUGCGACUGGCAUGUGCCAAUUGAAGUCAAGGGACUUCGACAGUUCCUUGGAUUACUUGCACAAGUACUUGCGCAACUACGUCAAGAUGAUUGCUAAUAUCUCUCGUCUGUUGAAGAAAUGCGAGAGGUGGUCAUGGAGUGCUGAGUGUCAGCACUCCUUCGAAGGUAUCAAGAAAAGCUUGUUGCAAUCGCCUGUGUUGGCAAUUGCAGACCAGGACACACUAUUCAAUGUGGUCUGUGACGCCAGCGGUUUUGCGAUCGGCUGCGCGUUAAUGCAGUACGACUCAGACGGCGUCGAGCGCGUCGUCAAUUAUCAAUAG